CAGAAGGUUCACAAAGCGUAUCUGGUGUCCACAGACUUUUUCGUCUCCGUCUUUUUUUUAAAUGACUGUCAGCUAUAAAUGGCAGAGAGGGGUGUUUGAGGACUGAUGUAGCCCAGUGUCGUGUCGUCAGGACAGAGACAGGAGAAUGAUCAGACCUACAGAGACAACAUUCAGCUUAGUGCUACUGCUAGUCCUACUGCUGUACUGCUCCCUGUCUCACAGUCUCAUACAGUUCAACACUGUGACUGGAAGGAUACAUGAUGACCAACAGGAGACGACUUCCUGGCGGUUCAGGAACCUUUCGUCUGUUCCUGAGGGGCUGGACGUGAAGCUGAGGGAGCUGGAUCUGUCCAACAACGUUAUAAGACAUAUAAACAGCCAGAGUCUGGGUCUUCCAUCCCUACUGAGUCUGGACCUCAGCUACAACCAGCUAGAGAUCAUAUCUGAAGGGGCUUUCAGAGAUGUGGCCCAGCUUCAAGAGCUGAACUUGGCCAGGAAUGCAUUGAGCCACAAUGUGGACAGUAACAGCCGAGCUCUUGGGUCUCUCCGCAGACUGAGGAGGUUGGAUAUCUCUAUGAACGGUCUGGAUGAUGACGCGGCGGAACUUUACCUUCGUGACAAAUCAAUUCUUGAACGCCUAGAUCUCACGGGCAACGGUUUGACGCGACUCACGCCCAAGCUGUUUGCAGAGAGCCUGAGCGUGACGAGCGUUCGCAUCGAGAACAAUCUGAUCACGGCAAUAGAGGAGGGAACGUUUGAACUGUUGAAGAAACUCAAGAUCUUAAAUUUAGCCAGAAAUAAUCUAGUCUACAUCUGUGAUUUUAAACUCCAUCAGGUGAAACUCUUGAAUCUUAGCAGGAAUUCCAUAGAGUUCUUUGUCACCCGUGAGGACGGUCAUCCAUACGAGCUGGAGAUCUUAGAUCUGAGCUUCAACAACCUCCUCUAUUUCCCCAUGGUCCCCAAGACCAACCGGUUGAGAUACCUCCACCUACAGAGCAACAUGGUGGGGACCUUAGAGACAGACACCCUGAUAUCAGAGGCAGACUCUCUGUACAGAGAACUAACAAGUGAAGAUGAGGUAAAUGAUGCUGCAGCCAACAGCAACAUAUACUCUAACUGGAGACUGAUGCCGUUAGUUUACAUGGACCUCAGUAGUAACCACUUCAGGUCUUUACCUGUGGAGACUCUGAGCCAUCUGACGUCUUUGGUGACGCUGAACCUCAGCAAGAACUGUCUACAGGACAUCAGCUAUAACACAACGAAGGGCGGCAGCGGCCAUGAUGGAGGCUACCACCGACCUUCCUUGACCUUUCCGUCCCUACGCUACUUGGACCUGCAGAACAACGGUCUUCGACAACUCUCCACCUACUUCCUGGAAGCCCUACCAAACAUAGAGACGUUAAACCUGAAGGAGAACUCUGUGAGGCCGUGUGAUCCGAAGGACCAACUGGGACCAUCUGAGACAACGAGAGUUAGUCUUAAUAGCAUGUCCUCCUGUGUUUCCUUCUGGAAUAUCAAAACUCUGAGAAGUCUAGAUCUCCAAGACAACGGCAUCAAAACACUCCAUCAGAACACAUUUGAAAGAACCCCUUUGGUUUCUCUCAACCUGGCCAGCAAUGUAGAUAUAAUCUUGGAUAAUGGCGCUCUCGAAGGGUUGCAGAGUAGUCUCCAGUCUCUGAGCAUCAGUGGGAACAACAUGACAACCUCUGCCUUGUCUCUGCCUUGUCUGAAAGCGUUGAGACAACUCAACAUGUCCAACAACAACGUGGACGUCCUCCCGAGCAUCAUCAGCUGUUCUCCUUUGACCCAACUUGACCUGAGAAAUAACGUCCUAACGUCUAUGAACGAAUCUUUGGUUGAUCGUUUGUCUCUAUAUCUUGAUGUGUUGUAUGUCAGUGGCAACUCGUUCAACUGCUGUGACACCAAAUGGCUCAAAGCCCUAAACAGAGAGAAAGUGAAGAUACCGGACCUUGACCGUGCUGUGUGCCUCAGUGUCAAUGGUACUCUGUUGACUGGCCUUCUGCCUAACCAUUCACUGCACUGUUCAUUGGAACUUAGCCCAAAGAUAACAGAACCAAACCUUGGGCAAAUAAUAAUCAUCAUUUUGUUUGUGUCGACAGUAUUGAUAACAUUAGUUGUAUUUGUGAAGAAGGUUUGUUGCAACACGGGGUCAUUCAUUGUGUAAUGAUUGUGCAUUUAAAACCAAGAUCUGUGUUCCAAUACCCACACUAACAUACUGUAUACUACAUACUUAAUGAGUGUAUACUACAUACUAUUACUUCAUUUUAGUAUACUGUAUACUACAUACUUAAUGAGUAUAUAAUAUAUACUAUUAGUUCAUUUUAGUAUAAUGUAUACUACAUACUUAAUGAGUAUAUACUACAUACUAUUAGUUUAUUUUAGUAUACCGAGCGUAGUAGCGCAUCGCCUGUCUACCGGAAGGUGAUGCUGUUGCUAUGCAACCUCUUGCUACGGUAACAUAUUACUAGUUCGACCUACCGGAGAGGGACUACCGAAGAGUACCGGAGAGUGACUACCGGAGAGGGACUACCGGAGAGUGACUACCGAAGAGUACCGGAGAGGGACUACCGGAGAGGGACUACCGAAGUGUACCGGAGAGUGACUACCGGAGAGGGACUACCGGAGAGUGACUACCGAAGAGUACCGGAGAGGGACUACCGAAGAGUACCGGAGAGGGACUACUGGAGAGGGACUACCGGAGAGUGACUACCGGAGAGUACCGGAGAGGGACUACCGGAGAGUGACUACCGAAGAGUACCGGAGAGGGACUACCGGAGAGGGACUACCGGAGAGUGCGCUCUAGGCGUAAAUUCAGAGCGCACACUGGACGCUCUGUCCGAGGAGUAGACUUGCUGGUUAACGUUGGCUAGCGACUUCCAGAAACAAAUGAGAGAGCACCUCACUCUGACCAUUUUACUCCCCCUAGCAGAGCUGUUUUCAUGUUAUCCAGAGCGUCGGUGACUGUAACUGUUCGGACCGCAACAAUUUAAUUAUGCUUUUUUUGCCGACGUUGAUCAGUUAUUCUGCGCUCUGGCACACCCUGGGUGUGUUCGUAAAUUCACUCUGGUAUGCCAUUGUGUUGUCAGAUUGUCUGUUCUAAAUUUAACAAAUUGACAGUCAAAAUAACAUGUAACGUAAUUUAUUUGAAAAGUCAUUACUUUAUUAAAUUGCUCAACAUUUCCGCUCUCUUAUGACAUCAGCUGCAUAUUUUCCACUCCCAUUUUCUGAAGAAUUACAUUAUGGCACCUAAAAGCACGGAAAUAGUGUCCACUGCUUGUAUACUAUGACCAAUCAGCAUACUACAUACUCAAAUUACCUCACAAAUAGUAUGGCUAGUGCGCUUGGAUGAGUAUUCGAACACAGCUGUUUUGUUGUUGGAAGUUAUUAGCAGCUAUUCAGCUAUUAGGUUUAGUCCAGGUUAUAACACCAUUAGACUAUUAGGUUGACUCCAGGUUAUAACACCAUUAGACUAUUAGGUUGA